CGUGGCGAGAAUCGAAACCACGUUCUCAGAGGUGCUUGCUCUGACGAAUGAAACAGAUCAGUCGUAACACAGUGUAAUAAACCUAACUUAAAUUGCAAUUUAUUUUCAGACCAUCAAGUGAAGCCCUAGAUCCUGAUAAGUGGACAGUGUUUGUACUUCUAGAUGAACAGAGACACAAGGUUGAAGUAGAAAUUCUCGAUAAGAGUUACCGGGUAUGUAUUUUGGCAUUGUGAAAUAAAAACCUAUAGUUUGCUCCACAAUUACUACCGUUUCCAAACUAUCAUGAACAAUGAACAAGGUUUAGAAAUAUUUUCCGUUUGAUUUGCACAUUAACGGUUGCUGACGUAAGUGCUUGAACGGUUUGCUGAAGAACUUUUACCUUCUUUCAAUUUAAACCUACAAAGACCGUCACCGCCUACUUCUAUAUGUACUCGAAUAAAUACGUGUAAAGAUGUCACAUUCCAAUUUUCACCAUGGCUGGUGAACAGGAAUGGUGGUGUCGGCAGUCGUUGUCAUACGCCAAAAUGACAAUCGUAUUCGACCAUGCAGUCGUAUCGUGUGAAUUUGCCUUAUUGUAAUUGGUAUCGGUUUUACGGCAAACCGAUAACUACAAGUUAAUCGACAUGUAAAAUAGUUAUAAGACAGUUAUGAAUUUUACAGAUGAACAUAGAUGGUACAGAGCUGGAAUUUGAAUGUGCAUCUAACCUUGCUUCUCAUCUUGUUGAAACAAAAAUAAAUGGAAAGGAAGUAAUAUUACAGGUUAGCUGUUACAGAAAUUGUACUGUUUCAUUUUCUUUUGCUUAACGUCCCGCACCGACGAAUAAGUUUUCGUUGACGAGUUCACUUGCUCCUGCGUACGAUAAACAAGUUUUUUCGAUCAAUGUUGCGUUGAAAAUUUGAUUUUUGUCAAAAAAUAUAUGAUAGUAGAAAAUACAGACAAGCUGUAUGAAACAACCAAAGUUAAGUAAAAUCAUUAAGUCCCUGCUAUAUUUCCGUUCAUAUUAUUGAUGGAAAUAAGUUUAUAUAAAAAUUGGAAUUCUUUGAUGUAUCUAAUAAAAUCUAUAUAAUUGAUAUGUUGUUGUAGUAGUUAUUAGGUCGGCCAGAAAACCGAAAGCUUGUCUUAGAAAAUUUGUUGUAGAUACAAACAUUCCACUCGCAAAUAUAACUUGCCAUUUCGGAACUUAUAGUAGUAAACAUGCUCGUCUAUAUCCGGUUUUAGAGAUAGAGCCGGAGCAGCUCUGCUACUUUUACGUAUUUCUUCUACUUAAAUUACCCAAGAUCCAGUUCAGGCGUGGUACAAGGUUUAAUCUUUAACAAUUAGUCGCCGAAGGCCAGGUGAUUACAAACAUAGGCUUUUAUUAUUUGGCAAGCAUCACUUCCGGUGAAAUGGCGGACUGUGAUUGACCAAGAAGCACUUUCAGCGGUCCAUUAUUUUCCCGUAAUGGACCAGCGGUAAUUGUAAAUUUGAAAAUUAUAAUUUAUUUUGUUAUUAAUAAAAUAUCUGCGAAUGGUUUUUAGUGGAUAAGAAAGAAUACAUUGUUAUUUUUGUUUUCUUCGACCACGCUACUAAUAUGCAUUUCAAAUCAUGUGUACACCACGCUACUAAUAUGCAUUUCAAAUCAUGUAUUUUUUGUUUGUUUCAAGUAUAAAUGCCUAUAAAUGUCAUAUAAUAAACUUUUUAUUAACGUCGCUUACUCAGUAUGGACAGAGAAAUAUUGGCCCUACGGGCUCGGUCUGUACAAAAAAGACCUCGGUCCGAUAUUUCUCUGUACAGUCCUCGCGUUCGGUUAGUAAGAAGUUAGUAAUCACCGAGCCUGAGGCGACUAAUUGUUUUAGUAUAAUUUCAGUAUUGAAAAAGUUUGAUUUAAAAUACAACUAAUACGUGUUUAUUUUAUGAAUAUAAUUUGUAUAAAUAAUUUACUACCGUCUGAUUUUCAGCCAUUUUUUAGGAAAAAGCAAUAGUUACUGCUCAGAGCAACUGCUCAGAGCUGUCUGAGCAGUAACUAUAUUACCUCAGAGUUACUGCUGAGGUAGCCAAUCGGCAUACUCAAAUAGUCAAGGCAGAUAGAGGCUCAAAAUUAUGGAAAACUUACCAUAUAGUGGGACAAUUCUAUUUUGCCUUCAUAUUGUGCCCUGAAGGCUAGUAAGUACGUUUCUGUAUGUUGGCCGCGUUAAAAUUUCUUGUGGGCUCCUGCCGACACGUUUUUCUUCGAAUUUUGUAUUAAACUCUAUUACAGUUAAAAAAUGUGAAAUUUCUGAUACAUUUCUAAUACAAAUGACUUGCAUCAAUAGAAAGCUAACAAAAAACUACAUACAAGACAUUUAAAUGGUUAGUUGGGAUUUUCAAGCGGUUUUCCUUUAUAAUUUCCUUUAAAAUAUUUUCGAACUCUCAUAUAUAUAAACGCAUAUGAACGCACUAAUAUAAAUAUCAUUAAUAUAGAGCUUGGCUCGAUCAGGUCAACAUCUGCAGCUACAGCAUUAUGGCUCUAAGGUAACCUACUUAAGAAUUUGUAUGUGAUAAUUUUUUUCAUUCUUUGUAUAAUAAAAGUUGUACACAUAAUAUCGUAUGUUGUAGUUGAUAAUAUAGCAUUAUCAAUUGUUGACAUUUAAACAUUAUUUUUAGUUCAACGUGACUGUUAUUGACGAAGCUCAGAAUGAAUAUUCUAAACAUAUGUUAGAAAAACCAAAGGUAUAUUAAGACAUAAUUAUCUGCAUAUCGUAAGUAUAUACGUUUUUGUCUCACAAUCAGAAAAGUUCAUCCUUUAGAACUGGUAAAUAUAGUGUUAUAUAAUCUUUUACAAGAUCCACAGAGAAACCAAAGAUUUCACCAUGUUUGUUCAUAUUUCAAUAGACAACUUGCAUUUUAGACUAAUUUUUGAUCUAGGCAAAAAAAAUUCCCCUAAAUAACUUAUUAAAGUUAGUCAAAUUGCAACAUUUGGUUACACAAUAUUGUAAAAUACGGAAAAUAUAAGUUGGCGAAGUUUGCAUAUUUUGUAUAUAUGCAUGUGUAUUAGGUGCAGAAAUUGUUACCGUUUUUGAACUAAAAAUGGCGAACUUGUCUAAAAGAACACACAAGUGACCACGCAUGACCACGGGUGAUUCUGUGUUUAAAAAUCAUAAAGUAAAAAUUAUGGCUCCCUAGGGUUUUUGCAUGAUACUAUACUGCAGUAUCUAGAAAAGUGCUGUUUCUUCACUUUACAUGAUAUGAAGACGAAUUGACAAUGCUCUCCUGGACAUUUCAAUUUGCUACUUUUGUGUUGAAAGGCCGUUACCAUGGCAACAGCGUGCUUAAAAGGAUAAAGGCUGUCUUUUUCUGGCCAUUUUAAAAAUUCCCUUCGGUAAUUUUUUUAGUGAGUUUUUCGACUAUUGUACACAUCAGAUGUGAUAAUUGUACAUGUCACAUCUCGCAAAAAUGCCAAAAUUAAACCUAAAUUUCUCCUAAAUAUAUUGAUUUGUGACGUCUUUGAAAUUUUCAGUUCGAUAGAAUUUCUAAAAUUAAAGAAAAAUCAUAAUACAAGAAUUAUCUUUUAUUCAAAAUUUUAAAAAAAUUUACCGAACGGAAUUUUUAAAAUGGCCGGAAAAUUACCCUAAGCACCCUGUUGCCAUGAUAACGGACUUUCAGCGGAAAAUCAUCAAAUUGCAAUGUGCAGGAGAGCAUUGUCAAUGUGUCCAAUAAAUUUCGUUUUUAUAUUAUGUAAAGUGAAGAAACAGACUUUUCUGGAUACUAUAGUGUAGUAUAAUGCAAAAACCCGAGGCAGCCACCUUUAAAUCAGUUUUAUUAUUAUUUUAUGAUUUUUAAACACAGAAUCACUCGUGGUCAUUCGUGGUCACUCGUGUACGUGUACUUUUAGACAAGACCAAAAAUGGUAACAACUUCCGCACGUAUUACAAACAUAUACAAAAUUUGGAAACUUUGCAAGACUAUAUUUUCCAAUCUUUACAACGUUUCACAACCAAAUUUUGCAAUUUUACUAAUUUCAAUAUUUCAUUUUGUUCAUUUUAGCUGUGGUGUUUGAUUCCCUUUACUUAGAUUAAAAUUUAGUCUAACAUGCAAGUUGUCCAUUGCAAGCGAAGAAUUAGUGACUGUGUCAAUUUAUACAGUUGUUUUUCAUUUUAGGAAGACCUGACGCCAUUCCUAGAUUCACCAAUGCCAGGGACAGUCAUAUCAGUAUCCUGUGAACCAGGCCAAGAGGUAAAUUAACCAUUUGUCAGAGAGUCAGUAUUUGAUAUGCAGCUGUUUAGAAGAUCGUUUCUCAACAGAGUUUUAUCACGUACGCUUUUUCAGUCAAUCUAACAUUUGAUGUUAGCAAUCUAUGAAUAUCGAAAUGAUGUUUGUUUUGGCGUCUAUGCUUCGUCAGUGCAGCUUGGUACACGUUUAUAUAUACGCGAUGCACUCGUAUUUAUAUCACAUGAGCUUGCUCUCACCAAGGCAUGCGGUAUACAACACGAUCACAUCAACGCAUCCAGACAUGCGCAGAGUUUAAUGGGGCCAUAAUCAUUUGGAUUAUCCAUCCACCUAUAUAAUCACUUGGAUUAUCCAUCUAUAUACUCCAAUAUUAUGCCUUUUAACGCAUCUAGGUUGUUGAAGGUGAAGAAGUCUGUGUAGUUGAAGCAAUGAAGAUGCAAAAUAGUUUGUGCGUCCAGAAAUCCGGCAAAGUAAAGAAAGUAAAUUGCAAACCCGGAGAUAAGAUUCAGGAAGGAGAUCGCUUAAUUGAACUGGAGUAAUGAACACUGGCUUUAAUAAUACCGGAUAUACAUGUAUAACAUGCAGGGUGUAUAAAAAUGGUAAUACAACCUUGACAUGUUAUGUUGCAUUAGCCAUUAGGUAUGACGUUUAUAGAUACUUUUUUCCUACUAAUAAAGAUGAGGCUAUUGGCUGUCAAAUGACACCUUUUUAUAUCGGUGCGAUCAAAUUGGUCAAAUACAAUCCGAUUUAAAGUGGUUGAUCGAAAUCGAAUUUUUCCACCUAAUAGGUGCUUAUUUAGAAACAUUUGGCAUCGAAAGUUUAGUCUACAAACUUCAUGCAGUUCUGUAAAAUGUUUUAACCACGAAGUUUCGUUAAAUCGCGACUUGAAAACUACCAAGACUUGAUGACCAUCACGCAUCUUACGCCAUGUUGGUUGUUUAAAUUCUUUAAUUUGAAUCCGAAAUGAUAAUUUGAAUACUUAGACAAUUGCUUUGUAUUCAACUCCCAAAGGUGAAAAAAUUCGACCGAACACUUUAAAUCCGAUCGUACGUAUUGGCGGCUACUUUCAAUCACAAUUAAUACAAAAGAGGUUUUAUUUGACAGAUAAAAGCCUGAAAUCAACUGGUAUGAAAAAAUUAAACAUGAUCCACAGCGCACGUUAACAUGCCAAAGUUAGAUUUCCUUACAACCUGUAGAGAACCAUACAUCAUGGAUGCGCAAAAAUAUGACAUUUGUGUCGAGUGUUGAACGGACUGAAUGUCGUGCAUUGAACAACAAAGCGAAGAAUUGAAAUAUUCUGUUCAGUGUUCAACACAGCAACUAAAUUCUAUAUUUCCAAACAUGAAUUUUAUUAUACAGUACAUAUACUUGAAUUGAAGAUGUGUUAUAUUGUCUCUGAAGCCGCAUGUCAAACUACAUUUUCUAAAUAGAAUGUGCUAUAUUAUAGGGGGUGAAACGCCUUUUCAACCGAAAAUUAGACUAUAAAUGUUGUCAUUUUAAACACGCAAAAGGUAUCCCCACCUCCCAUAGCAAGAAAAUUUUAAUAUCAAAGAGAUUACAAUUGGGCUAGUGUAGUGUGUUAAAUCUUGGACAUGUUAAAUCUUGGACGUGAGGCCAUUACACGAAAUAUUGGAGAAACAAUGUACUUUGACAAGGCAGACUUCGCCAACAUCUCAUUUUGAGCUACCUCCAAGCAACUGUAUAUUGAGUUAUGUCAUGAUACUUGCUGUGACACAAAUUCAAAAUUUAAGUUGGCGGUUUUGGGAUUAUGCAACACGGAAUUUAUCAAUGACAAUGGGAUAUGCCAGCCUAGUCUCAGUCGUUCUGAAGCAAGCGCGAGAAAAAAAAAACGUGGAUGUAGUACGAGACUGGGACCUAGGUGUGACGUCACCGCUAAAGGUGCUUCAGAACGCCUAGCAGAUUUCAGUAUUUUUAAAGGUGAUGUAAAGUCCGUAAUGUAAACAAACGCUUUGUUUACAUUUUGAACUCAGUGCUACAGUUGUAAAAUAUGAUUAGAUAUAUAUUAUACUGAAUUUUUAACACUUUUCUGGUUCGUUAUGCUUGUAAAUGAAUACAGACUAGAGAUUCAAUUCAAGAAAGUUCGGAAGGGGCGAAAUAUUAACAACAUUCCAAAGGUUGCUACCCCACUGAUGGAAUGUUUUUGAUGCGCAGAAUAUAUGCGCAGAACGGACUUUACCGCAUCUUUAAUAUGGCGGAAAAUUUAUAUAUACAAAUAACCUUGUAAAUACGACAAUGUUCGUUGAUCAUGUUCGAUGUCUACAUAUCCAAAUUCAAACUGUAUUAAAAAUGUGCUCAAUUAAAUGCUCAAUUUGUAUAAAUUUACGAUGCUGAGUCUGAGCAAUGGUCGCAUAAUCGUUAUGUUAUUUAUAUACUCGCAAGUUGUGAUCAACACUAUAGACCAUGCAUACUGGUAUACACAACUACGCUUUCUACUUGACAGGUUUAAGUAGCUAAGGAGAUUGGAAAUAUUUGCCUGACAUGACUGUGUUGUCAAAACAUUUUUAGUCGGACACUUUUCAAGCACAAUUUUCAAGCUUCCAGGUAGCAUUUAAUAUGGCUUUAUAUUUUAGUAAACACGAGUCAUAUUUAGCCCGUUAUUCCAUUUUGACCGUGUGGGAGCGAAACGUAGCCUAUUUCAUUGUUCCGACAACAUUAGAGCAAAACUAAUUACUUAAUUAUAAACGCAAAGGAAAUUUCCAUAACAUUUUCUAUUUACAAAUGCGGUAGGCUUGGUAACCAGGCCAGGGACCACAUUUUUGAAAUCAGGGACCAUUUUACAGAAAUCUGCUAGGCUCUCUCGCUGAAGCGUUCCGCACAGCACACCCAGGCAUAAUUAAGACUUAUUUAAAUAUACCAAAGCAGCGAAUAGAGAGAGAGCCUGGGACUAGGCUGGGGAUAUGCGUUUUUGUAGAGGAAAGUGGUUAUGUGUACAUGAUUACCAGAAUUAUGCAUUAUUUGAAUAUUUCUCAACUUGACAGUUGCUUUUUUUGUUAUUUUUAUCAAUAUUUUGCGGACAUAAAAAUUAAUAACAUUAUUUAUGUAUAUUCAGUAAGACUGAAGUGUAGAGAAAUUUAUUAUGCAAUUUUGCAUACUAUAAAUAAAUUGGC